AUGGGCUUCGAGGACAAGAGAAUCGCGAUUAUUGGCGGGGGCCUGGGUGGCAUGGCCUUUCUGAACGCCGCAUCUUAUGCUGGUCUGAAGAAUGUGCAGCUCUACGAGCAAGCCCACCAAUUCGGGGAAGUUGGCGCCGGUGUGAGCAUUACCUCCAAUGCCAACCGUGUUCUUGACGCUUUCGGUCUCAAGGAAUCAUUGCUUCGCAAGUCUUCCCCGCAACUGGAAUGCUAUAUGGAGUAUCGCAAUUACAAAACCGGUGAUUACCUGGGUCAUAUCAACGAGUUCUCCUCGCCACAUAACCGUCUCCUGCACCGGGCUCAUCUCUUAGAUGCACUCAAGGAACGAGUACCAAAAGACCGCUUACACUUGAACAAACGGCUGUUGUCAAUCGACCGUAAUGGGAGCUCAGAGGUAGAGAAAGCAGGAGCGCCACCAUACACCAUUCAUUUUGAGGACGGUACUACUGCCGAAGCUGAUAUCAUCAUCGGCUGUGAUGGUAUUAAAUCCAAGGUGCGACAAGAAAUGGGCUUAGUCGAUAAACCCAUUUACUCUGGCCAGGUCGUAUACCGUGGAUUUGUCGACUACAAGGAUCUGAAAGAAGAAACUGCCCAGCUGCUACGACCGAAGCUGGUUAACUUCCGGGGCCCCAAGAGACAUGUAUUGAUCCUCCCCAUCGGGAACCAAUCCACUGGGACCGACCGUGCCGGAAUCAUCGGUUUCAUGUCUGAGCCCCUCGAGUCUUGGAAGUCCGAAAGUUGGAUGUCACGCUCUGACAUUGAAAGUCUACAAGAGCACGUGCGUGAUUGGUGCCCUCAGGUUCAGGAUAUCAUCUCAGGUCUACGCAAGGGAUCCCCUGACGGCCGUAUGCUGAAGCAGGCUCUUUAUGUGCGGGAUCCGUUGAACAAAUGGUUUGAGAUGAGCCCCAUCAAGGAUGCUGGAAUUGUCCUUCUUGGUGACUCAGUGCACUCUACACUACCCCAUCAAGGACAAGGAACUUGUAUGGCAAUUGAAUCAGGCAUUGCACUGGCAACCAUCCUUCGUCACUGGAAGACCGACAAUCUGAAAGAUGCACUGCAGUUCUACCAAGACGUGCGCAAGCCUCGCACUGACCGAGUUACAAAGACCAGCUAUGAGGCGGGUAAGCUGGCCAGCUCGGAUAAUCCCAGCGAGAUGUCGGCCAACUUCAACCCCGAGGCUCUAUCAGAGCGCAUGAAAUGGAUCAUGGAGUACAGCAUUCUGGACGAUCUCAAGAUCCAGGGAGCUGAUUACAUGAAUUUCCAGGAUUCUCGGAUCUAA